CCGGGUUCAAUGGAGAAAUUCUGUCAGUCAAUUUCCCAAUUGAUGCUUGAUCGAAGUUUCCUCAGGGGGCUCGUCAUCACUGGAUGUAGCUUCUCCGAUAGAAAUACGUACUUUAUUCAUGUCAGAAUCUCUUUCAAUCAGCUGCUCCACAAUAAUCCUAUCUUGGAUUAUGGGCUCCAUUGACAAAUAAAUGGUAGGAAAUUCAAUGACCGACUGGUCUUUCAGUGUAGUCCUGAUCGACAUAUCUUCGCGGAGUGAUAUAAACACGUCGCUCGUUGAUUCAGAUCGAAGGAAGUAAUAAAUGUGAAGUUUCCUUAAUUUUUCUUGUAUGUCUUCCCUCUCUUCACCCAGCGAUGGAGCUAACGAGCCAUUAUCUGAUCUUGAAGUCAGCGAUCUUAUGUCUGCUGUUGGUCCAGGGGGUAGGGUGUGAGCCGCAAACUUUUCUUGCAAUUUGACGUAAAUGUCAUUCGGAAGCAAUUUUGCCAAAGAGUCAUCUUCGUAGUUACCGUGCGAAAGCACCGAGUAAAUCUUAUCCAAACGUGAGUUGAUGAUUACCCAUUCUAUUGUCCAGCAGCAGAGAUUUCUUUUAGCAUCAUAGUAUGAUCUGUUUAAUCGUUUACGCAACAUGCCUUCAGGAAGCUCGAUUAUAUGUACCCCGCUCUUGUUCGCAUAGUAGCUGAACGGUCGAAAUAAGCUUCGUUGUCGCUUUUUUCGAUCAUUCAAAUGCUUGCUGUUACGAUUCAACAAUUUCGAACACCUCGCCUCCUGCUUACCCAGCUCUACUUUUCGUGAAAUGCGAAGAAGUAGAUUAUAAUCCCUUUGUACAUCUUUGCUCGAAAGUUGGUCUUUAGUUUUAUAGCUGACAAAAUUUGAAGUCAGAUCACUGUUUCCUGAGCAACCGGUAAUAUUCUUGUGCUCUUUAUAACAUACUAGUGAACAGCUUCUAUAUCCACAUUUCGGACAUCUAUACUUGAAUUUUGCCUUUUUGCAUGUAAAACAGAAAUCAUUGUUGGAAAUGAAAUCUGAACUCAUCUGAGAUUGAUCCUUUAUGCUGCUGGCUAUCUAAUUUUUUUUUUAGGAUCUGCUGAAAAUGUGGUGUAAGGGUGUUUGUGUCCUAUUUGAAAGGCGAUAUGAUUUUACGUUCUGACGCGUCUCUCAUUCAGCUCUGCUAUAAUAGUUGGGCAAUUUUGGUAUAGAAGAUGUCCCUUUGGGCCGAUAAAUAUAGACCAAGAACUCUCAGCGAGUUGACUUUUCAUCCAAGAAUUUCGAAACAGUUGCAAGUUAUGGCAAGUUCAGGAGAGUUUCCUCAUCUUUUGGUGUAUGGUCCACCUGGUGCUGGGAAAAAAACACGAGUUCUUGCAACACUGAGAGAAAUCUAUGGAGCUGGCACCGAAAGACUGAGGGUCGAUGUGAAAACUUUCAAUUUGCCUUCGGGCAGAAAGCUCGAAUUCAAUGUCAUAUCCUCCUCGUUCCAUUUAGAAAUUACCCCCAGUGAUAUGGGUAACAAUGAUCGAAUAGUUAUACAAGAUUUGCUCAAGGAGAUUGGGCAGACUGAAAGUCUGGAUUUUUCAAGGUUUGAAAAUGCUGUAAUGUCACCAAACACAAGGGAGGAAAAUUCGGGCAAGAAGAAAUUCAAGGUUGUCAUUAUCAAUGAAGCAGAGCUACUUACCAGAGAUGCGCAAGCAGCAUUGAGAAGAACCAUGGAAAAAUAUUCAGCCAGCAUUAGGCUGAUUCUAAUCUGUAACUCCACCUCAAAUAUCAUCGAUCCAAUUAAGUCACGUACAUUGCCCAUCAGGAUCGCGUCUCCGACCACCUCUGCAUGCGCUGGAGUUUUAGAAAUGAUUUUAAAGAAGGAGCCUCAUGCUAAAAAAGCCUUUCCUGAUGACAAUGAGCAAAGGAAUAUAAUAUUCAACAGAAUAACUCAUGCUUCCGAAAGAAAUCUUAGAAUGUCAAUAAUGAUGAUGGAAGCGAUGUACAUGAAUCACGAUACCGUCAGCAUAACGACUCCAAUCAUAAAACCUGACUGGGCUGAUGUCCUUCAUGAGUUGGCCACUGGCAUUUGCAAAGAUCGAUCUGUAUCAAGAUUACAACAGGCAAGAUCCAUUUUAUAUGAGUUGUUGGCUCAUGCCAUUCCGGCAAAGCUGCUCUUGAAAAAGCUCACAAUGACCAUAUGGGAUUUUACUGGUACCCUUGAUAUCGAAAAUAAAUCAGAAGUGAGGAAAGCCGUCAUUUCAGCCAGCUCGAUAUACGAUGAAAGGCUUUCUCUAGGUUCCAAAGACAUAUUUCACUUGGAAGGUUUCAUCACAAAAGUUAUGGUGAUUUUGGAGAAACAUGUGAUCAAUUGAAACGCCUAUAUACAAGUAAAGUUUUUGUAGAAUUCUAACUGCUUCUCCCAUUGUAUCGUUGAUACAGAUACUCUUUUGAUUUCAUCAUGUUUGCGAACUUCUUUGUAGGAUUACGUCUGAGCUUCUCAUAAUAGUUCGUUUUUGUGGCAGGUUCUCCAACUAAUCUUAAGCCCAAGCGGGGUGUGGCGGACCUAGUUAUGAACUCCCAGACACCUGGAAGCUUCUCACAACUUCUUCUGAGAGCAUCCUUUGCACUUUGUUCGUGCAUACCACUGAUCUCAAAAACUACCUUUCCCGUAGGAACUCUUGCAGCCCAAUGAUCAAAAGCACCUUUUCCCUUUCCCAUACGAGUUGCAUUUCCCUUGAUACAGACAGCAAUGUUUGUACACAAACGCUUCCAAUACAUUCCAUUUUCCUUCUUCACAAAUUUCAUCAGUACGUUAUCUGCAGCCCUCAAUUGUGCGGCAGUUAUCCUUGUCCCCUCAGAUUUUAAUCUCAUCCCAUAGGAGCCGAAUUUCAAUGUUGUUCCCUUCUCUGAACAACCGGUUCUUACAGAGACUCUGCCCUUUUGCUUUUUCUUGAGAUGCUUAUAUUGAGGUGCAAGUUCGUGUCCAUACCUUCUCGGAAUAAUAGGUCUCCAUGGUGAAGCUCUAAUGGGAUUUAACAGACGGUUUGAAGCACCCUGAAAGUAAAGGUAUGA